CACUCCCUCGAGCGGCAUCUCGUCGAGCGUCUCCCCCGGGUUCCGCUGCCGACGACGGUGAUUUAGUACUAACUCUCUCUCGGGCCUAUCGCUUGCCAUAUUACCCUGUGGAUCGCCUACAACCAGCCAGGAUUCAUCCGACGACGACCCAAAGGAUAAACGCGCUGGGAUCGGAUCCACUUUAGCCGCACGCCAGCGGAAUGUGGGAGGAAAUUCGGGCGAAAAACAUCGGGGCGAGAGACGCGACGAAAGUUUCGAUCGGUCGAUGAUUUAGUGGAUAGGCAGUUUACAGUGCUCCCCGUGAUUCUUCCGACGCAGCUUCCCGCGUGUUCGUUCUCUGUCUCGCGAGAAAACCGGAGUACACUCGGGGUUAUGCAUUACGCGGUUAAAACAUGAGCGCGGGAUUGACUUGCGACGUACGAUGAUCGAGUGUUUCCCUCCGUGUGUUGGACUUGAGCAAGGUGAGAGAUUUUUGACAUUUUUAGAUAACGGCGGGAAAAAGGUGAUCUACAAAUGCAACGAUAGCCGAAUCGAGGAAGUGAAUUUUUGCGAUCUUUUUAAUGCUUCGAUUGUUUACAGUUUUGAUUAACUCAAUCAAUUUGACGAAAGUUAUCGAAAUUUGAAAAUCCGAUCCUGAUCGAAAUAUCCUGAUUCGAUCUAUUGCGUGUGUGUUAGACAUUUAUCAAAUGUUUGUCAAUUAUGUAAAUUGAAGAUGAACUCUGCGAAAGACCUUAAGACAAUUUUUAAAAAAUAUUUUUUUAAAUUUUUAUGCAAAGUUACAAAAUACGAAUACGAUAAGAUUUCGCAGUUGCAAAGACAAAGUCGACGAACAGCGUGUGUGUAAGAUGAGCGCAAAGGAAAGAAUACAGGAAUCUUUUCGAAAGAUAGCGAUAUUUCAUUGGCAGAAAUACAUACAAACGUUUUAUGGGGAUACAUAAAGGAAUUCAAAGAGCAUUGUAGUCAGACAGGAUAUUUCACUGUUCAACGGACUGCACACAACGGACAUCUUCAUUUUAUAUAUAAAAUCAUUGAUUUCCUCUUGUCGCUCCGCACUCAGAAUCCGAUAGCACGGCGUACUUUGAUUUAUUAAUAACCGAAUUCCAAUUCCAAUGCAAUUUUUCGCUUCGGUUCGCUGGCCGCGAUAAAGCUAUUGAGUAACAACCGACUCGAGAUAUUCUGAAGAUUAAUCAAUCAGUGCAGCUUCUUUAAUAUGAUCACAUACUUAAUUAGCAAAAAUGCACAAAGAUAAAUUUGACUUUGUGUAUAAUUAAAUUGGCAUAAUUUAGAAUGUAAUUUAUUAAAUACAUUCGAUUAAUCGCGUGCAAAUUCUAUAUUUAAGAAAUAUGCAUUAAGGAAGCAAUAGUCAAUAAUAAACAAUUCACAUCGUUGUCCGAAACGCACUUGUCUAUCGCACUUUUAAAUAUUGACGAUUUAAUUAUAUCACAAAAGAUGACGAAAGUGAAAUGACGAAGCGAGAAACACGGCGUGAGUAAAUACGACGAAAAUCGCCCUGGACAUCCUCAUGUUUUCUUAGUUCAUUCGCGCUGUGUGUACGCAACACGUGUCGGAAUAAAAAUAAAACGUCGAUGCUCUCUCUCCGUACGGUGCCGAAAAUUUUCGAGUUCACCGAGCUCACCUCGUUGAUUGUUCGGAUUGCACGUUGCGGCCUUAACUGCGCGGGAUAACUCGAUAGCGCCGCAUGAAACCUCAACGGCGAAACAUUAGAGCGAAAUAGACGAGUCGUUAAUUUCGAUAGAGCUUCGAUUCGCGUGUCUGACUCAUCAGUGAGAAGAAAAGCCAGAGAAGACGAACAUAAUCAAUUGCCAAAGUCGAUUCUUUGGGCGCGGAACACGGAACACGGACGAGAUGCUGUGACAACGAAAAAAAGCGAAGGAAGAAAGAAAGGAUGCCACAAGGAAGCAUUCAAUGGCAGGGGACGCAGAGAAGAGCCUGCGGACCUGGAGCUAAUUGGAACGUACAGGUGGUGAGAGGCAAGGUGACAACGCGGUGCUUGUGGCACGCCUGCAAAGCUCUCGGAAUUGGGCUGCUGCUAAUGCUUUUAGGAGCUUGCAUGGCGACCAUAGGAUAUUAUGCAGAUCAGUUGUCAGUCGCGCAAGAGAUCAGAGGUAAUGUCACGGUGAAUGUGAAGAACGAAUCGCGUGGAUUUCACCUAAACAACCUGAGCUACGCCGGCCCUGUCGUUAUGGGUCUAGGAGGUUUCAUUGUAGUAGCCGCCUGCGUGAUGACCUUCGAAGCACGUGACAGCGCGGCCAAGGUAGUACCAGCUCGCUAUCGCUUCAACCAAACUUCGACACUAAGAACUUCAAAGAAUCAACGUAACAGAAGAUCGACGUCGAGUCAAACAACGAAAUGGGACCAUCAGCUGGGCCUAUUUCGAGUGAACCGCAGUCCAAGUCCUAGCACGCACGAAGUCUCCAGGAAACAGCUGACGGCGGAAUUCAUGCAGUUCUCAAAAGAUCUGCAAGAGAAAGGAAUGGCACAUUCUAUAAAAAAGAGCCCGAGCGCGCCAACGUUAAUCGAUAAAAAGUCACCACGCCGAAGAUCGCCUAAAUAUGCGGGUUGCUCGCUACUAAAUCCGGAAUUGCUGCAACGUCACGCUCUCUCGGUCGACAAUCCGAGUUACAGCCCACAUCAGAUCAGCAGAGAAAGUUUGGAACAUCAAAAAAUGAACGGUAGCCAAGCGUCAAUGGCUAUGGAUUUGCAUAUUCCGAAUAAAGGUCCCGUUACGCUCAAAGUAAAAGAUCGAUCCGACACAGCGAGACGUCACCAGCUACUUCGUCAGACAAAAGUGGAAGAUGUCGAGGAAGUUGACGAAGCUGCGCGACCACCACCGACUCUCGUUUAUUCGCCUAAAUUACCAGGUGCCUAUUGCAGAUAUCCAGACGAUUUUGUGCCAAGAAAGAGAAAUUCGAUAGACUUGAGAUUGUUGGAAGAAUUGACGGCGGUAUCAAAGGAGCUCAGUAAGACCUCACCGCGAGACUUCCGAAAGAUCUCGUCGCCAAACUUCCGUAAAAUGUCCUUCGACAGAAUAGGCGGUGAUCGUCGCGACAGAACAAUGGGACAUCGAAAAGCUAGCCUCGAAUUCAAAAGGAGCCCUGAUUUUCGAAGAGGAGACUACAGGAAGCUCUCGGUAGACAGGUUCAGCGUGGAUUGUACUCGGUAUAUGCUCGACGAAAUGGAAAUGAGAUCACGGACGAACAGCGGGGAGAAUUUGCGAAGACCACGUCAUGCUAAACUACACCAUUCCAGGUCGGACGACAACAGGAGACGAUCUUUCGACCGGCAUCCGAAGGAUUCUCAGUCGAGUCGACACUCAUUGAAUACUCAGGCUGUCAUGGAGGGUUCCGGAUCCGAAUGUGAGCCAAAGUACUUCACGACGGUAUCUCUCGACACCGAAGAGAGCCGCGCUGACAAUUCCGAUGAGAGUCACGUAAUAGAUAUCGAAGACGCAAAUUCAGGCGGUUUAUCAUCCGACGGACCUAUCGAAGCCGACAUGCUCCUCGAAGAACCGGAACUCGAAAACGUCAUCGAGAUUGAUGUAGAAAGCUCGGGGGAUGAUCUCGACGAAACGUAUGGAUCACACAAAUCGAGCGAGAAGACCGACACGACGGUCUUAAGACAAAAUCCCGUAAUUAUCGCCGAGGACGUGGACGCACAAACAAUUGUCGAAAAAACGGCAACAAAUUCGGGACAAAUUGAAAAAUACGAAACGACUCUGUAUAUAGAAGACGAUGAAGUGUGAAGAGUGUGUGUGUGCGUGUAUAUGUGUACGUAAAAAGAAAUCCUUGAGAAUCAAUGGAUCAAUGCUAUACAAAAUGACGACGCAUUUGCAAAAUAUAGAGAAAUUUAUGGUGUUCAACACUGCUGGCAAUAUUUCUUUGCAAAUGUGAGCAGGUUAUACAAAUGAUGAUUGUUCAGCGAUAAUUGUCGAUUGCGAUUGUCUUUGAAUGCGACGUUUUACGCGCUUUAUGAAACAACUGCUCAACGAUAUAAAAUUUAACAAAUGGCGUGAAUAAUAACGAGAUCAUGUACGAAUUGCGUUUUGUAACGAGACAAUCAUUUUUUAUCGGCAUCUCGCGUCGCCUUUCACACAAAGGUAACGAGUAUGUAAUGUUUGCCACAUUAAUGACAAAUAAUUGUUACACACAAAUUUUGACGUAGCGCAUAGACGGUAAUAGACCUAACAUAAAGUAAGACUGGUUGAUGCAAACGUUAUCGAUCAUACCAAAGAGGUUUUUGUACUUGCAAUGGGAAAAAUGUAACGUACACUUGUAAAUAUUCUUACUAAUUUGUUCGCAAAAGUUCAUUGAUGUGUCAAAUGUGACGGUCAGAAGAAUACAUAACGCAAUGCAAAUCUUGUACGGUAGAACACAAUGAUAUACAUAUAUUAAAAUACAGGGUGUCCCAGGCGCGCUUAUCUUCCCUGAAUAUUGCAAUA